AUGGCCCAGUUCUAUCCAAGGCAGGCUCCUGAGCCACUGCCGGAAACACCAAACCCCCCAACCCUCACCUCCUGGUCCCAGCAACUGAUCCAGGUGCACCAAAUUCUAGCUCACCAAGCCCAAUCAACCAACAUCCUCCAAAGUGCAACCGCAGCUAGAAACCACUUGGAAGUCAUGAGGACUUCUAACCAAUUGCUAGCCACCCAAGGAUUUGCCGGGUUUGAGAGGCGACUCCAAGGACAACUGGACAUAAUCACCAACCAACUUCAACUCCAGCAGCGCAAGUGCAACACCUCUGCUGGUCAACAAGAAGAGCCCAUUCCUUGCACACUAUGUAAACUGCCCAAUUUCCUGAGCCCAAGCAACUCUUCUCAUCACCAUCAUCAAUCUAUCUCAUCCCAUACCCUUCUCUAUGAUCAACACAAACCAGCAAUUGAAGCUGUACAAAUUAAAAGCAGACAAGGUGAUCUACCCCCAUCAAAUGUGAAGGAGAUCAAGCUUGCUGCUGGUGCCCUUCCCGAGAACCGCUUCAACUUAAGUCUGAUUGCGUAUGGCCAGACAAGUUUGGACAAAUUUUUCACUCUAGGCUCCAACAAUAACCCUACCAACAGCAAUGGCUCAAUCCCAAAGACUCUGGAACACUUGUUUGUCAACAUGGCAUCCCUUUCUCAGAAGAACAACCAGGAGAUGGUCAAGCUAUUGGGAAGCUUCAUCGAGAUCUACAACCAAGAGAUCAUUGACCUCCUUCUCUGA